GGGGGAGGUUCAUUCUUUUCGGCUUUUGACUAUUAUCCAGUGGAUGUCGUCUCUUUACUUCGAGGCAGUCUAAAACGCACGAGCUAUCCGUUUCCUGCAUAAGUGCCAUUUCUCCACAUCUGUCUAACGUGACCAGACGCGUUAUGUAGCGAUGGUUCUCCUUGAUUGCCUCCGCUUUUGUUUCUAAAUCCCAUUUAUAAUACUGAUUAAGUUAUUUUUUUGGGAUAAAUAUGAACCAAUAUGAGAGACGGCAGAAGAAAAGAAAGAAUAAAAAAAAGGGGACCAAGGCGCGUGGCGAACACAAAGGAGGCAACACAGGAGCGCAGCCAUCGGAACGGAUAAAAGCUAAGCAGAAUCCAUCAAGCGAGGUAUUACCAAGCUCCAUUAUCCUUCCCCUCAAAGACCAACAUGUAUUGCUAUCCUAUCUCCAGCACGUCCUAGAAGAAAUGUGUGAAAAUUUUGGGGCCAAACAUCACCAAUGUCAAUCACUUUUCGAGGAGCGUGGCUGGACAGAGCCGAAGUCACUGGAGUUACAUAUAUGGUGUCGCGUUAUCUUAGAUUGUCGGGACAAGUUACCACCAGUAUUAGCAGCUGUUCGUGAUGAAGAAAGAAGAGAUAUCCUCAGGACUUGUACCAAUAUUCGUCACUCUGCAGUUCAUCGCCUAUCACAGGAUGCUGGAAAGAUCCUCCAGAGUCUAGAAGCCGGUAUAGGUUUGGCCAAGAUGCAUCAGGAUGCAGCAGUUGUUCAACAUAUUCAGAAUCUCCGGUCGGACUUCCAAGCCAUCAUCGAAAACACUUGGUCACGAAAACAUGCCUCGCAGGACAAAUUGCGGAUACGACUUGAACAAAUCUUGGCAGAGCAGGCUCGGCUCGAGCAGAGAGCAAAAGAGGAUGCUAAAACAGAGAUAGACAACUAUUUUAGAGAGGCUGGUGCAAGACUUACAGAUUGUGUUAACUCUAUAUCACACAAAACGGUACCAGCUGCGGAGGUUAUGUUUGAUAGUGACAGCUUCUCUGAACCUGAUAUCGACAAAACUCUACUAGAGGCAGAAAAAGCAUGCAUUGCUCCUUUAGCGAAGUUUCCUAGAUAAGCUCUCUGAACGACAUAUGGCCUUAAUAGCCCGAAGACUCCAGGCCUCCUCCUGGCCACUAAUCACGACUAUGGAAUGCAUACUGCUGCUCACUACCAUUGGAUAAUAUUUGU